UGUUUUGUUUUUUGAAUUGGCUGCAUGUGAAUAUUAUUAUUAUUGCCAAUUGAUUUUCAUACUGACAGAAAUUUGUAUUGCUAUAUUAUCCCCUGAUUGAAAAAGUUCAAUAAUGGAAAGAAAAAGAAGACGUCUCAUAAGAUACUUGAGGAAACUAAAUGACGCCAUGCAUGAGUUGAGCGAUAAAUUAUGGGAUGAAUUAGAACAAGAACAGCAGAGGGCGCUUGGGCUUAUAAUUCACAAUUACGUCUUGCCAAGACUCACUAAGCGUCACAUUGCCAGAAAUCUAAAGGAACUGUUGGACGUUGAUAUUUCAGACAAAGAUAUAGUCGAAUAUUCACGUCUUCACCCUAGUCCAGACAGCCCUUUAAGAAUCAUAUUGGGGUCAUACGAAAAGAAGAAGUUCAUAAUGGACAAUAAGUAUAAAUUGGACUACACUGGGAUAAAAAUUGAAGAUGACAGGACAGUCUAUGACCAAGAUCGACAAAGUGUACAACUCAGUCCAGAAUCAAAUAGCGAUGAUUCCGAAUAUUAAUAUUUUCCAAAAUACUCGUAUCAGAAUUUUGUCUUUGAUUCAAUUUUUAUUUUCUUCCACUUUUAUUGAAAUUAUAAUGUGUUCGUAUAGUUUGUUGUUGUAAAUGUCGAUUUUUUAAUAUUAUACAGAGU